AUGCAGGACAUGUCUGGUCCCCAGGCCGGGCCCAGCGCCUCUGGCCGUUUUGGCCAUGCCUCGAAGCCUUCUAACAGCGACACGGGCUUCUCCCAUGGCGCUUUCGCUUCCAACAUCUCUAGCUUCGGCGACAGACAUCCUCGACGCGCCAACAUUCCUUCCAUCAACACGCAGCCAGUACAGCAGGCGCCCGUCAAUGGCGCCGACAUGACCACUCCUGGCACUGCCUUUGACAUGCAGUUCACGCCUUUGCUUCCGUCCCAACUGCUCCUCGGGAGCCCCUUCCAGCCCGGAACCCCUGCCGCCUUCAGCAACCCUCAUUUCCAGAGUGUGUCGAGCUACCAGCAUGCCCAGCAGCAGAACCUGCAGAACCUACAGAACCUACAGAAUCUCCAGAACCUUCAGCAAGCUCAGCAGAACCAGCAGCAGCAGCAGCAGCAGCAGCAGCAGCAGAACGGCGCCUCGAGCCCGGCCCAGCAGCACAUCUCCCCCCAGAUGUAUCAGACGAUGGUGUCUCCCUCGGCUUAUGGCGCCCCCCAGUUCUACUCGCCCCAGUCGCCAACCGUCUCUUUUGGCAACAUGACGGGCCAGAUGCAGGUUCAGAUGCAGCCGACCUCGCCAGUGUCGAUGGGUCCUAGCAUGGUCACGGGCACCAGCCGCACCGUGUAUCUAGGCAACAUCCCCCCCGACACGUCUGCCGAGGAGAUCCUGGGACACGUCCGCAGCGGUCAGAUCGAGUCAGUCCGGCUUCUGCCCGACAAGAACUGCGCUUUCAUCUCGUUCCUGGACGCAAGCUCCGCCACGCAUUUCCACUCUGAUGCCAUCUUGAAAAAGCUCUGCGUCAAGGGCCAGGAUAUCAAAAUUGGCUGGGGUAAGCCCUCGCAGGUACCGUCGUCUGUCGCUGUCGCCGUCCAGCAGUCCGGCGCCUCCCGGAACGUCUACCUCGGAAACAUGCCCGAGGACAUCAGCGAAGAGGAGCUGCGCGAGGAUCUCGGCAAGUUUGGUGCCAUUGACACCAUCAAGAUUGUGCGCGAGAAGAACAUUGCCUUUGUCCAUUUCCUCUCCAUCGCGAAUGCCAUCAAGGCGGUGUCCCAGCUCCCCCAGGAGCCGAAGUGGCAGUCGCCCCGCCGCGUCUACUACGGAAAGGACCGGUGUGCCUACGUCUCCAAGACGCAGCAGCAGAACGCCGCUCAGUACCUCGGCAUCGCCCCUGGCUAUGCGCACAUGCUGACCGGUGCCGACCGGGACCUCAUCUCUAGCGCUCUGGCCCAGCAGUCGGUGGCUGCGGCUGCGGUCGCGACUACGGCUGGCGGGAUCAACAACCUCGGCAACCGGACCAUCUACCUCGGAAAUAUCCACCCCGAGACCACAAUCGAGGAAAUCUGCAAUGUGGUGCGAGGAGGGCUGCUGCACCACAUCAGAUAUAUCCCCGACAAGCACAUCUGCUUCGUCACUUUCAUUGACCCCACGGCUGCGGCGUCUUUCUACGCGCUGAGCAAUUUGCAGGGACUCAUGAUCCACAACCGCCGCCUGAAGAUUGGCUGGGGAAAGCACUCGGGCGCUCUCCCGCCUGCCAUCGCCCUGGCUGUCAGCGGUGGAGCCUCGCGCAACGUGUAUAUCGGAAAUCUCGACGACACGUGGACCGAAGAGCGCCUGAGGCAGGAUUUUUCAGAGUAUGGCGAGAUUGAGCUGGUCAACACGCUGCGCGAGAAGAGCUGCGCGUUUGUCAACUUUACCAACAUUGCAAAUGCCAUCAAGGCCAUUGAGGCUGUCCGAGGUAAGGAGGAGUACAAGAAGUUCAAGGUUAACUUUGGCAAAGACCGCUGUGGCAACCCCCCUCGCCAGGCGCAGCAAUCCCAAUCCCCGCGGGAGCAGGUCCCCUCGCCUCCGCCCCAGGGUUCUAGCCAAAACGGAAGCUCGCCGACGAAUUCAGGCACUCCCAGCGGCCCCGGGCUGUUCAACACCUCGAGCAAUCCCCUGACGCUAUACCUGAGCCACGUGUCUCAGCAAGCUCAUCAGCAGCAGCACCAGCAGCACCAGGUGCUGGCUGUCCAGCAGGCGGCGCUCUUUGGGACGGCCGCUUCGUCGCCCAACGAGCCCGGCCUCACUCUGGAAGUCCCACAAGGACCCAUUUCUGGCCAUCAGCAGUCUGCGAGUAUGUCCAACGGGUAUAUCACGAACACCAGCACGUCUGGUGCCACAACCAUUGGCGGGCUGCUCGCGCCUGGGCGGGCGUCCCACAGCCGCGCCGUGAGCCUUCCGGUUCUGGCCCCCGGGUUUGAGAACGGCGGCACAAGCCCGAACAGCCUCCAGGGUAGCACCGGGGGCAGCGACGGCGAGCGCCGCGGCCAUCAAUACCAGGGUAGUUAUGGGGGUAUGGGAGGGUUUGGCCUGGCCAUCCAAGGCAGUCUUAAUGGUUGGGUCGAGGAGGAAGUGGCAAACUAG